AUGUCUACUACUAGAGAGCCCAAUUCUGACUACGCGGCCUAUGUCGACCAAACCCCUAUGCCAUCGCAUAUUCCAGAUGUGCCUGAGAUCGGUGCCACCUCUGCUCCUCUGAAAUCGGCCUCGUUCUUCAUCGGCGCCAGAUGUUUGCCCUAUAACGACGACUAUAUCAUGUGUAAACAAGAAAGUAAAGGAAAUGGCGAACUCGACUGUCUUAAGGAAGGUCGACGAGUGACGAGAUGUGCUAUUUCUGUUCUCGAGGAUAUCAACAAACACUGUCUCGAGGAGUUCAGACUGCACUGGCAAUGCUUAGAACAGAAUAACCAACAAUUCUGGGGAUGUCGUCCUGCCGAGCGUCUGUUAAACAAGUGUGUAUUUGAAAAGCUGCAAUUGGAGAAGAAGAUUCCUCAAGUCUCUAGCGACAACCAAAUUCACUUGAAGAAGAACCCCCUUCUGAAGCCCAACACUGAGGACUAUGCAUCGGUCGCUGCCGCCAAGCGCGGAGGUGUUUUGUAG